UCACAGUCCACAGGACCAAAACUGUGAACCUCAAAUCUCCACAUACUUUAUCACUCUCUCUCUCUUUCUCUCUGUCAAGCUAAGUCUGGAGAGAAGACAAUGGUGAGAUGUGAAAGAUGAAGAAAAGAAAGACCUUGUUAUGCAUUUCCCAUGGCCUGUCAUUGUGCUCACUACUCAUUUUCACCAUCACCACCACACAGGCAAUCUUUAUCCAUCAACAACAGCAAUAACAGCACCAAGUUAUCAUUUAAAGGAUCCAAGCCUGCUGUUCUUUCCUCCUUUGGCAAUAGCAGGGCUUCCUGUAAUACGUUAGUCUCUGAGGCAGUUAGACUUUUGGGUCCUCCGGCAAAAUUUGAAGCUUCAAAGCUGAAAGUAGUCUUAAUGGGCGAAGAGAUGAAUCAAUACUCUGCAAUUAUCCCUCGAACUUACAUCCUGUCUCAUUGUGACUUCACAGCAGACCUAACCUUAACAAUCUCCAAUGUCAUCAACCUAGAUCAGCUAAGAGGUUGGUAUAGCAAGGAUGAUGUGGUUGCUGAAUGGAAAAAGCUAGAAGGACACUUAGCUCUACUUGUCCAUUGCUAUGUGAGCGGACCCAAUCUCAUGCUAGACCUUGCUGCUGAGUUCAGAUACCACAUAUUCUCCAAGGAAAUGCCUUUGGUACUUGAAGCUGUGUUGCAUGGAGAUUCGGCACUUUUCACAGAGCAUCCUGAGCUAAAGGAUUCUUUAGUUUGGGUGUAUUUUCAUUCUAGCUCACCCAAGUACAACCGGUUAGAGUGUUGGGGGCCACUCAAGGAUGCUGCUCAGGGGCGACCAGGGGAUCAUCGAGGUUCUUUUACCUGUCCUUCGAGAAAGUGGGGAGGACCAAAGUCCAUUUUCCAAGCUCUUUUUGCCUUCCUUCUUUGAUGUGCUUCCAAUAGGCCGCAUGACCUCAAAGGCCAGUUUUCAUGGCCAGAGCUGGAAGGAGGACUCUGUUUACAUAACACAAACACCAAAAAGCUCCAUGGUAAUAAGACCAAAAAAAAAAAAACACCCAAAGUUGAAGUUGCAGCAAAACAAGGAUUGUUCGAGGGACAGUUAAUUCUUUUUGCAAUUAACUUAUUUGUUUCAUUGGAAAUAUCGAUUACCAAUUCUUGUACAACUUAGAACAUUUGGAUAUGAUUAUUGGCUGAUGUAAUUAAAACACUAAAGUUGGAGUCCUAUUCUAUUC